UAAACACCAGCUGUUUAAAUAGGCGAAAAUAAAAUAUAUUUUUAACCUGUCCAGACAAAAUACUAACUUGUUCCAAGUCUAAGAGGAAUUUUCGAAAUGAUACGUUAAUUUGGAAUUGAACUAAUAAUAAUGGAAUCAUGCGUUUGGGUCGCAAAUUAAGUUUUCGUAUGUUAAAAAAGCACAAAUGGAAACUAAUAGUAGCAAUUUUUUUAAUCUUAAGUAUCAACUCACUCUAUCGAAAGAUUGCAUUUACUCCAACCCACUAUGCCGCAGUUUGCGAACCCAUCGAUGUUGUGUACACAUGGGUAAAUGGUUCAGAUCCUGCAUUUAUAAGUUCUAUUAAUAAAUAUGACCCAAACUUUGAUCCAGCCAGGUUUGAUGAUAAAAAUGAAUUAAAAUUUUCUUUACGUUCAGUGGAGAAAUUUGCUCCAUGGGUUAGAAAUAUUUAUAUAGUAACAAAUGGCCAAAUACCAAAAUGGCUCGACUUAACGAAUGAACGUGUGAAAAUAGUGCCCCACGAAAUUUUAGCGCCAAACUCACAAUGGUUGCCUACAUUUUCCAGUGCUGCUAUAGAGACGUUUAUUCAUCGAAUACCGAAUCUUUCAAACAGAUUUUUAUACCUCAACGAUGACAUAUUUUUGGGUUCAGAAUUGUACCCAGAGGAUUUAUACACGGACUCGGAGGGUGUCAGGAUUUAUCAGGCAUGGAUAGUUCCUGAUUGUGCUGAAGAUUGUCCAUGGACUUAUAUCGGCGAUGGUGCUUGUGAUCGUCAUUGUAAUAUAGAAGCAUGCCAGUACGAUGGAGGAGAUUGCUCUGAAGAAAUCAAUGAAAAUGCGGACGACAAUAAGAGUAAAGAACAUUUGCAAUUUAUUAAUGCAAAUAAGAAGAUAUCAACAAAUGUUGAGAUUAAAAUGUUUCCAAAGAAUAAUCAUUUGCCACACCACAAUUAUGGCAAUCAUAAUAUAAGUUUUAAAAAUAUAUUAUUACAAAAUAAAAACUUGUCGGAAACUGGAGAUCUAAAAUUGGUUGUUGAUGAUUUUAAUAAAAAGCAGCAAUCUAAAUUUCAUCAAAAAAUACAGGAUAAGUCUGUAGUACAAGAAAAGCCAAUCAGAAAUAAAUCCGUUAACUCAUCCCAAGAUGUUUACUCACAAUCUCUUAUUAAGACUAAUAUGCUUUUAAAUCAAUGGUAUGGUUUUAGAGCUCGAAAUGUGUUAGCCCACGUAGGAUUCCUGUUGGAAAAACCUGUUAUAGAAGCUAUGCAGGCAAAGUUCUAUAAAGAAAUUACUGCCACUGCCAAGAGUCGCUUUAGAUCACCGAAUGAUUUGCAGUACGCUUUUGCCUACUAUUCCUUUCUAAUGGAAGAAACCAAGAAGGUUACUGUUAGAGAAAUAUUUAAUGAAUUCGAUACUGAUAAUUCAAUGACAUGGUCUGAUCGUGAAAUACGCACAUUCUUAGCUAAAAUUUUUCAAUUACCUUUGGACUGGUCAGCUGUAAGAUUUUUUGAAGAUGUUAUACACAAUUGUAGUCUACUUCACAUGUCGGAUGUUGGUAAUAACAUUCAAUAUACUACAGUUAUGUACGAACGAUAUGAAGACUCUAAUCUACCAACUGUAACUCGUGAUCUGGUGGAAAAUUGCAUUCCUUUAGCUGAAGCUUUAGAUAAUAACUUUGCAUUAAGACGAAAGUAUAAAUACCAUGUAAAUCCUAAACAUUAUAUCCAUAACAAUUUUAUGAUGCUAACAUCUAAUUUAACAGAUGUAGUAAAUGCUUUAGAUAAAAUACGCCGGAAUCCCAGAAAAUUUAAUUGUAUCAAUGAUAAUCUGGAUUCCAAAUCGUCAGAAGAAAACGAGUUAAUUCGUCAUCUUUUAGAAGAUUUUUACUUAUCGUUGUUUCCACAACAAAGUCAAUUUGAGUUAUUGCCGAAAUAUCGUAAUCGCUUCGAAAAUUGGAAAGACUAUUUAAAAUGGCGAAGACAACAAAGAGCUAUAUUAAUUGUAAUUUAUGGUUUAAGUUUUUUAAUUUUAGUCUAUCUUUUAAGAUCAAUUUGCAUCCAUAAGGCUAAAUUUGUUAGCCGAUGCAUACAGAAACUGUAAUUUCUCAUACUGAUAACUUAGGGCAAUUAAAUGUUUGUUAGAAUUGUGACGAGGUAUAACAUGAUAUCAAAAAACAAAAUUCUAAAAAAAAAUAUUUUCAUCAUCAUUAAUAAUCUCCUAUAA